UGCCGGCUAUAUGAGCCCCGGCAGGCGCUGACUCGGCCCUUUCCGCCUCGCUCCCGCCCGCUCUCGGGUCGCUGCGCAGAGACCCGCGCCGCCGCCACCGACGCCACCGCCCCCCCCCCCACACCGCCGCCAUGAUCAUCUACCGGGACUGCAUCAGCCAGGACGAGAUGUUCUCGGACAUCUACAAGAUCCGGGAGGUGGCGAACGGCCUGUGCCUGGAAGUGGAGGGGAAGAUGGUCACCAGGACAGAGGGUCAAAUUGAUGACUCUCUAAUUGGUGGCAAUGCCUCUGCUGAAGGUCCUGAGGGAGAUGGGACAGAAGCCACGGUCAUAACUGGUGUUGAUAUAGUAAUAAACCACCACCUUCAAGAAACCAGCUUUACAAAAGAAUCCUACAAGAAGUACAUCAAGGACUACAUGAAAGCAAUCAAAGCCAGACUUGAGGAACACAAGCCAGAGAGAGUAAAGCCUUUCAUGACAGGGGCUGCAGAACAAAUCAAACACAUCCUUGCUAACUUCAAAAACUACCAGUUCUUUGUAGGAGAGAACAUGAAUCCAGAUGGUAUGGUGGCUCUCCUGGAUUUCCGUGAGGAUGGUGUGACCCCAUAUAUGAUUUUCUUUAAGGACGGCUUAGAAAUCGAGAAAUGUUAACAAAUCAAACAGUAUGGUUUUGGAUCACCCGUCUUCAUAGCUGGCUGCUGUUUCUUCUUCAUCGGCACAACACCAGGAACUGGCAAUGUCUAACAACUGGACUGAUGUCAUCUUGAGCUUUAUUCACUUAUUUUGACCCUGAUUUGGAGUGGAGGCAUUGUUUUAAAAAAAGAAAAAAAAAUCCAAACAUCUGUCAUGUAGAUUGUCUAAAAUAAAACUCAUUUAAACCCA